CAGCUGCGGCGCGACCAGGCCGGGCAGCGAGCAACGAGCGCCCCGAGAGCGCGAGGUCCCGCAGCCCAGCGCAGCCAUGGAGCCCCGCGCGGACUCAUUCCAUGAUGUCCCUGUCCGUGCGGCCGCAGCGCCGCCUGCUCAGCGCCCGGGUCAGUAGGAGCCAGUCCUUCGCAGGUGUCCUCGGCAGCCACGAGCGGGCGCCCAGGAGCUUCCCAGCUUUCAGUCCCCCAGGACCCCCACGGAAGCCCCCAGCACUCUCCCGAGUGUCCAGAAUGUUUUCCGUGGCGCACCCAGCCCCCAAGGUCCCGCAGCCUGAGCGGUUGGACCUGGUGUACACUGCGCUCAAGCGGGGCCUGACGGCCUAUCUGGAAGUGCACCAGCAGGAACAGGAGAAACUGCAGGUGCAGAUAAGGGAAUCCAAGAGGAAUUCCCGCUUGGGCUUCCUGUAUGACUUGGACAAGCAAGUCAAGUCCAUCGAACGCUUCCUGCGACGGCUGGAGUUCCAUGCCAGCAAGAUUGACGAGCUCUAUGAGGCAUACUGUGUCCAGCGACGUCUCCGAGAUGGCGCCUACAACAUGGUCCGUGCCUACAGUACGGGGUCCCCAGGGAGUCGCGAGGCCAGGGACAGUCUGGCUGAGGCUACCCGGGGGCAUCGAGAGUACACUGAGAGUAUGUGUCUGCUGGAGAGUGAGCUAGAGGCACAGCUGGGCGAGUUUCACCUCCGAAUGAAAGGGCUGGCUGGCUUCGCCAGGCUGUGUGUAGGUGAUCAGUAUGAGAUCUGCAUGAAAUAUGGGCGUCAGCGUUGGAAACUAAGGGGCCGCAUUGAGGGUAGCGGAAAGCAGGUGUGGGACAGUGAGGAAACAGUCUUUCUUCCUCUGCUCACGGAAUUCCUGUCCAUCAAGGUGACAGAAUUGAAGGGCCUGGCCACCCAUGUGGUUGUAGGCAGCGUCUCCUGUGAGACCAAGGACCUGUUCGCUGCCCUGCCCCAGGUUGUGGCUGUGGACAUCAAUGACCUUGGCACCAUCAAGCUCAGCCUGGAAGUCACAUGGAGUCCCUUCGAUAAGGAUGACCAGCCCUCAGCUGCUUCUACUGUGAACAAGGCCUCCACAGUCACCAAACGCUUCUCCACCUAUAGCCAGAGCCCACCAGACACCCCCUCGCUUCGAGAGCAAGCCUUCUAUAAUAUGCUGAGGCGGCAGGAGGAGCUGGAGAACGGCACGGCAUGGUCUCUGUCAUCCGAAUCUUCAGAUGACUCAUCCAGCCCACAGCUCUCAGGCACUGCUCGCCACUCCUCAGCCCCCAGGCCCUUGGUGCAGCAGCCUGAACCCCUCCCCAUCCAAGUCGCCUUCCGCAGGCCUGAGACCCCCACCUCCGGGCCUGUGGAUGAGGAGGGGGUCAAGGCCCCGUCCCUGGCCAAUGGACAUGCCCCUUACAGCCGGACUCUGAGCCACAUCAGUGAGGCCAGUGUGGAUGCUGCCUUGGCUGAGGCUUCAGUGGAGGCUGGGGGCUUAGACACCCUAGCUCGGAGUCCUAACCCUACACACCCGGAUCCCACCCAUGGGAAACACCCCAGUCCUGUUCCUCCUGCCCUAGACCUUGACCAUUCUGCCACAAGCCACACUCUCAGCACUACAGGCCCUGCCCAUCCAGACUCAGUUCACAAGGACACAGACUCUAGUUGUUCCAAGCUGCCAGGCCCCACUUCCACUACAGACCCCACGUCUGGUGCCAUGAGCCCUACCCACAGUGCUCUAAGCCUCACUCACACUACCCUAGGUUCUACCCACAUGCCCAUUGUCUCUCCCCACCCUACAGCAGGUCCUGCCCUCGGUGCCACAGGCCCAGCCCAGACCACCACUAGCCCCACCCACAAGCCAAUAGUCUCUCCCCUCACUGCAGUGGGUCCUACUCCCAGAGACACAGGCCCAGCCCAGACCACCACGAGCCCCACCCACAAGCCAAUACUCUCUCCCCUCACUGCAGUGGGUCCUACUCCCAGGGACACAGGCCCAGCCCAGACCACCACGAGCCCCAGCCACAGUGUCAAAGACCCAACACAUACUGUCACAAGCUCCAUUGACAAGCCCACGUUCUUUACCUUUGCUACUGCAGCCUCUGCCUCCAGUGCCACAGGCCCAGCCCCCACUACUGCAAGCCCCCCACACACAACUACAGAACCCACCCACACGGCUGCAAGCCCCACCCACACUACAGCGAGCCCCACCCACACUACAGCGAGCCCCACCUAUACCACAAGCCCCGCUCACACCACUGUAAGUCCUACUCCCAAUGCCAGGAUGUCAACUCAUACCACUACAAGUCCCAUCCCCCUUGCUAAAAACUCAGUCCAGACCACCAGCAGGCCCACUGACCUGGUCACUAGCCCCACUGUUGUAACUAUUAGCCCUUCCACCUCAGUAGACCUUGCCACACUUCCCAGCUCCUCUGCACACACAGAUCCGGCCCUUCCAAGCACCCACCCCCAGACCUGUCACCCAGCCCCCACUCCCUCCACUCAGACCCACCCCAUAGCCCCCAGCACCUCCUACCCAAGUCCCGCCUGUUCCAGUGGGGAAUCCCUCAUAAACCCUUACCCUGAACCCCUGGAGCCUAUCCCUCACAGCCCCAGCCUCCCUCCCUCACCCCAAGAACCUGUGCCCCAGCAUUCAGACCUUAGCCUGGCCAAGGCUGCCCAGGCACAGGUUCUGGGGGCAGCUGGGGGGACUGGGGACAGGAGGCUGGAGGAAGCACUGGGUGCCCUCAUGGCUGCCCUGGAUGACUAUCGAGGCCAGUUCCCCGAACUGCAGGGCCUGGAGCAGGAGGUGACCCGGCUGGAGAGUCUGCUCAUGAGACAAGGCCUGACUCGCAGCCGGGCCUCCAGUCUUAGCAUCACCGUGGAACACGCCCUGGAGAGCUUCAGCUUUCUCCACGAGGAUGAAGAUGAAGACAAUGAUGGCCCUGGGGACAGGCCCCCAAACAGUCCGGAGCCUGGGGCUGAAGACAGCCUAGACUCACCCAGUGCCCGUCCCCUCAGCACAGAGUGUCCAGCCCUGGACGCUGCCCUGGUGGAGCACCUGCACCACUGCAGCCGCCUCCUGCUGAAACUGGGCACGUUUGGGCCCCUGCGCUGCCAGGAGGCAUGGGCUCUGGAGCGGCUGCUGCGGGAGGCACGAGUGCUUGAGGCAGUUUGCGAGCUUAGCAGGCGAUGGGGAAUCCCUGCCACCUCUGCCCAGGAAGUGGUGCAGUUCUCAGCGUCUCGGCCCGGCUUCCUGACCUUCUGGGACCAAUGCACAGAGGGACUCAGCCCCUUCAUCUGUCCUGUGGAGCGGGUGCUCCUCGCCUUCUGCAGUCAGUACGGUGCCCGCCUCUCCCUGCGCCAGCCAGGCCUAGCCGAGGCUGUGUGUGUCAAGUUCCUGGAGGAUGCCCUGGGGCAGAAGCUGCCUCGCAGGCCCCAGCCUGGCCCUGGAGAGCAGCUCACCAUCUUCCGGUUCUGGAGCUAUGUUGAAGCCUUGGACAGCCCCUCCAUGGAGGCCUACGUGACUGAGUCAGCAGAAGAAGUGUUACUGGUGAGGAAUCUGAACUCGGAUGACCAGGCUAUUGUGCUGAAGGCCCUGAGGCUGGCGCCUGAGGGGCGACUUCGAAGGGACGGGCUUCAGGCCCUCAGCUCCCUGCUUGUCCAUGGCAACAACAAGGUCAUGGCUGCCGUCAGCACCCAGCUCCGGAGCCUGUCACUGGGCCCUGCUUUCAGGGAAAGGGCCCUGCUGUGCUUCCUGGACCAGCUUGAGGAUGAGGAUGUGCAGACAAGGGUGGCUGGCUGCCUGGCCCUGGGCUGCAUCAAGGCUCCUGAGGCCAUUGAGCCUCUGGUGUACCUGUGCCAGACUGACACAGAAGCCGUGAGGGAAGCUGCCCGGCAGAGCCUGCAACAGUGUGCUUCCAAUAGAGGGAGCUGGCGCCAAGGAGCUCCUUCCAGGGCUGCACGCAAGAGAAAAGAGAUCCUUACAGAGGGGAAUUGUUGGCGCCUAGGAGGCAGAAGACCCGGAUGGCUGCCCUGUGACCCUAAACACUGCAGAGAACCAAAAAAAGAAGAGAAAGGCAUGUUUGUGACGGCAAAGAGGCAGAUGGGUUGGCACAUGGGAAGAGGACUGCUUUGUCUCGCCCACAGAGCGGGGGUGCCUUCCUUGUGUUUCUGUGCCUGCUGUGUGGGUACAAUUUGCUGAACCCUAGGCAUAUGACAUGCUCCUUCCCUUCCCUCCACCCACCUUGACAGCCCUGGAAGACCCUAAUUAAGCCAUCGUCCCCGGUGGACACAAACUGGUUGCCUUGGCUGUUGGCAUGGCUCUUUUGGGCCUGAGCAAUACCAGAGGGUGAGCUCGCCAACGACGCCAAGGCCUGUCUGCGCUGGAAGGAAGAGCACUCUGUCACUCGGGAAAUACACUGUUGUUGGCCUGCGAGAAAGGAGGCUGCAAUCAAGUGAUGGUGUUUGCCGGAUCUGACGUCUGUGGUCCAGUUUCGCUUGUCUCCAAGUACACCCAGGACAUAUGGACCCUAGUCAUUGCUGACUCAGAGUAGCUGAAAAGCAGCUGCACUGCUCUGGCUAACACCAACGUUUCUAGCUACUUCCUCUGAAUCUCCUUACAGCCUUCCCACCACCACCUCACGCAUCCUCUCACAAAUGUCACUCUACAGGAGUCCCUUUAGACCCUUUUCACCUCUCUUGAAAUAUACCCCGGAGCAACUCAUCCGUUCCUCGAGCCUCCAUCUAUGUGCUGAGGCUCUAAGCCGAUGAUUCCCAUGGCUCUCCUCACUUCUGGACCCCCAUACCCAACUGCUGACCAGACACCUCCCCUGAACAGCUACGGUACCUCAAACUCAACGUGCUCAAAACCAAACUCGGCACCUCAAAGCUUAUUUCUCCACUAGGCUUCUUGGUUCUCCAAGCCACACAACGGGGCCUCAUCUUUGACUCUUGCCUCUGUCCCUUCUUCCCUAUCACUAGAAUCCUGUCAAUUAAAUGCUCCAGAUAUUUCGAAUUUCUGUUCCCUUUAUCUCCAUGGCCACCACUCAGGUUCAGGACAAUCAGCCUGUCACCUACACAUUACCUGCCCUCACAGGCUUCUCUGUCUUGCCCCUCUUCCACUUUCUCCACGGGGCAGGCUGAUUUCUAAAACACAAAUCCACCUUCAGGCUCUUUUCUUGGUAAGGAAACUGACUUACCAAAGGAAAGUCAGUUUGGUAAGGAAAUCCCAGCCCCCUCAUCCUGUCUUACAAACCUCUGAGCCAAUUCCCUCUUCAGCGUCACUUCUAGAGUCACACGGCUCCUCACUCAGCCCUGGAGCUUCGCCAAACCAUCACAGAGCUUGCUGGCCUCUCCUGGUGGAGUAAGUCCUCACUCAACAUAGCCAUAGGCUCUUGGAAAACUGCCUUUAAGGGAAACAACGUAACAAGACCAGGUCCUGGAAAUUUC